AUGGAGACGCAGUCGAUAAGGCUUCGUUUGGUGUUCGAGGAUGGUUCGCUUCUUAGCGAAACACAACGAUCCGACGGUAUGAACCAGAGUUGGCUUCUAGACGAACCAAACCAACAUCAGAAAAUAUCCGACGUCUGCAAUCAUCUUCUUCACAGUUUCAACCUUCGUGAUUCGUGCCCUAAUGGCAUCCUCCUCUACAUGGAUGGCUUUGUGUUACCACCAUCUGAAUCAACUCGAAUCCUGAAGGACAGGGAAUUUCUUUGCGUAAAAAGGAAAGGUAUGGCUAUGGCUAUGGCUGAAGCAAUAGAGGAGGCGGAUGCAUGUAAUUUGGUCAAAGAAGAGAAAAAGUUGGAACAUGAAUCUUCAUCUGUAGAAACAGUUUCCAAGAAAAGAAAACUUCAGGCUUCAAAUCUAAGUCUGAAGCAACUAAAGGAGAUGUUCAAAGCUGUCACUUCGGAGGCCAUGAAUGCUAAAAAUAAUCAAGAAGCAAGAUCAGCACUUCAAACACUGUGUGAACCAAUUGGUGGGUGGUGA